AUGUCGCUCUCGGAUCCUCGCGCACUCCUCGACGCCAGCAUCCCCUUCGACGAUGCUAAAGUCGCCCUCUUGGACCAGGUUGUCGCUGCCAUGUUUGGAACGACCGACAAUCACUCACGAGAUGUGGCCCACAAAGUCUUGGGAGAGUUUAAAAACAUGCCCGAAGCUUGGAGCUACGUAGCCGUCAUUCUGAACAAGUCCCAGGACGCCAACACGAAGUUCGUCGCCCUCCAAAUUCUUGAAAAUACAAUCCAGACGCGCUGGAACGUUCUGCCGGACGCCGAGAGGAAUGGCAUCAAGGUCUUUGUUACAGAUCUCGUUAUUCGCUUGGCGAGCGACGAGAAAGCUUGCCAGACGGAGAAGCACUUUGUGAAUAAGGUCAACGAGAAUCUGAUUCAGAUCGUGAAGCAGGAAUGGCCGGAUCGGUGGCCAGGCUUCAUCACGGAGAUUUGCCAGUCGAGCAAGGCGAGUCAGUCGAUUUGCGAGAACAACAUGCGGCUGCUGAACAUGUUGUCGGAAGAGGUCUUCGACUUCGGUCGCAACGAGAUGGUGUCGAAGAAAGUCGACAAGUUAAUGACGCAGCUGACAGCGCAGUUCCAGGAAGUCUUCGACGUCUGCAUGUUUGUGUUGAAGAGCUACGUGGUCAACCCCGGCGGGAUGAAGGAGAGCCUGGUGCAACAGACGCUCAAGUGCCUCGCCCACUUCCUCAAGUGGAUUCCUCUGGGCUUCGUCUUUGAGACCGACUUGAUCGAGACGCUGCUCCAAAACUUCUGGGAACCCGUCCAGUUCCGCGCCGACUGCCUUCGCUGCAUCACUGAAAUCGCUUCGCUCCAGCUGGGAAAGGAAGAAACGCACAUGUUCCGCGAACGCCUCGCCGUCCUCUGGCUCCAACUGGUCGCCAAAGUCCUGGCUCUGCCUCCGCAAACCCUCCACUUUGAAGACGCCGGACGCGUCCCGCCGCAAAUGCGCCUCUUCUGGGAGACCAUAUACUGCCAACUUUCUCUCUGCCUCACCGCCUUUCUGAAGAACCACCGCGAGAACAUUGCGGAGCCUCUGGACAAGGAGCGGAACGGACAAGCAUGUGUCCAGAUGCUCCAACAGGUCGCCGCGAUGACCGAUUUGCAGCACGACGAAACCUUCCAGAUUUGCCUCGACUUUUGGUUCUCCUUCGCGGAAAAACUCCUUAAUGAAGUCCACGAAGUCCUCAAGCGACAGAACAACGGCGCAUCGCAGCCCCCGUUGAUGCUUUCCAUGCCGUCAAGCUCUGAUCCGGCAGGCGGUGUAAGUGGGAUUGACGCACUGCGCCUCCCGUGCAGCUCUUCAGAACUCUCGUGGCGCGUCAAAAUGUACUCGGGCGUCUUGAACGAGGUUCGGAAAGUGAUGAUCCGGAAGAUGGCGAAGCCUCAGGAGGUGUACAUACAGUUCGACCAGGAGACCGGCGAGGUUACUCGCGACCACGAAGUCGACACCGCUGAAGUCGCGUUGUACAACACGAUGCGGUGCACGCAAGUUCUUCUCACCAAUCUGGGCCAAGAGGAGACAGAGGCGAUCAUGCUCGAGACUUUGAACACCGAGUGCAUGCAGGCUCCCGUGCAGCUGGGUGGUUGGAACCCUACGGCCCUCAACAGACUCUGCUACUCCAUCGGCUCCAUCAGCGGCGCGAUGCGCGAAGACAUCGAGCGGCGUUUCCUCGUCCAAGUCAUUCGGAAUCUGCUCAAUCUCUGUGAACUCAUGAAAGGCAAAGACGACAAGGCUAUUGUGGCGAGCAAUAUCAUGUACGUCGUAGGACAGUACCCGCGGUUUCUGAAGGCGCACUGGAAAUUCCUCAAAACCGUCGUCUACAAGCUGUUCGAGUUCAUGCACGAGACGUUUCCCGGCGUCCAAGACAUGGCCUGCGAAACCUUCCUCAAGGUUGCCCAGAAAUGCAAACAGGCGAUGGCUGCUUCGCGCCAAGAAGAGCCGAAACCGUUCGUCAUGGAGAUUAUCGAGAAACACACGAAGGAGACAGAGGUUCUGGAUGAAAAGCAAAACCUUCUCUUCUUCGAGGCCGUCGCGUGGGUUGUGUCUGCGACGUCGGAUUCGUUGAAGAACGAGUGCAUCAUGGGCCUCAUGCAGCAGUGCAACACGACCUGGAAGCAAAUCAUGGAGGCCGCGAAGGCGAACCCAGACCAGGUUCUCUACUCCUUGGACGUCUCGAAACGCCUGGUCAACAUUCUCCGGCUAAACCAACGGGUCGCAAAAGCGACAGGCGCUGCAUUCACUCCCCAGCUGAUGGUGAUCUACCAGGAAAUGAUUCAAGUGUACGGCCUGUACAGUCAGCGAAUUCUCCAAGAGGUCCAGCGGUGUGGCCCAUCUCGAAUCAAGCACAGCGAGAUCAAGGCACUGCAUCUCUACAAGAGAGAGACACUGCAUCUGGUGGAGACUUUCGUGGACACAGCCGCGCAAGAAGGCGCAAACUGCCGAAAAGAAAUUGCAGAAAAACUCAUCGGAGACCUCUUGCAACCUGUCUUGUCGGACUACAAGAACAACAUCCCCGAUACGCGGGACUGCGAGGUGCUAACUUUGCUCUCCGUGCUGAUGGCGCGUCUUGACUCCAACAUUUCUCCGGUGCUUCCUGUCAUUUUCGAGUUCGUCUUCGACUCCACCCUGGAUAUGAUCAAGACGGAUUUCCAGAGCUACCCAGACCACCGCGAGAAAUUCUACGAGCUCCUGAAGGUUUGCAAUCAGCACUGCUUCGAUGGCCUUUUCGCCCUCCCGCCGCACCAGCUGAAAGCCUACGUGGAGUCUCUUGUCUGGGCGUUCAAACACGAGCAUCCGUCUGUCGCCGAACAAGGAUUGCAGGUGACCUAUGAGUUCCUCUUGAAACUCAUCAACGACAAACGCGAGGUUUUAUCGGACUUCUGCAAUUUGUUUUAUUUCAGUUUAAUGAAGGAGACACUCUUGGUUCUCACGGACACCCUUCAUCGCUCAGGGUUCAAAUAUCAAACUCUGAUUUUCAUGCACCUAGUUCGCAUCGUCGAGUUCGGCGUCGUUCAGAACCCGGCCAACGGCCUCACCCGAGAGAAUGUCAUUCGGAGCUUUCAGACGGUGAACCAAAAGCAAGUCGAAGCCUUCGUUGUAGACCUGUUCAACUACUGUCGAGAUCCGAAGCCGACUCGGUUUCAGCAGCACAUGCGCGACUUCCUCAUCUCUCUCAAGGAAUUCGCCGGAGACAAUGAUCCUCUCUUCGAGGCCGAACGCGAGGAGGCUCUUGCAAGAGCUAGAGAGCUCGACCGGCAACGCCGCAUGCAGGUGCCAGGAAUGAUUGAACAGUACGACACGACGGUGACUGUCCGUGGGGGGGACGACGACUAG